AUGCCUUCUGGUGUGGCUCUAUUAGUGAAUAUCACGUUGAAUUCUUUUCGAUUACUUUCAAUGGAUCAAAAAGAGGAAACGAUUCAAUUCCAGAAUGAGUUUUUGAUGCUCUUCGUCGGAGACUUGAAACAAGCCUGGACCGGGAAUUUCUCUCAAAUUCGAUACAGUAUCUACCUACAACGGGAACCAGUUUACUAUAUAAUGGUUAUACAAAUUCCAACAUUUAUCAUCGGCACAAUCACGAUCUUUGGCCUAUUCUCAUCAUAUUCUCAAAGAAUGGAACGAUGGCAUAUUCUAGACAUUGGACAAAACAUGUUAUUGGCGAUCUCCUACAUGCUUAAUUUGAUUUCGGACAUGAUGCCGAAAACAGCACAGCUGCCGCUUUUAGGAAAUUACAUCAUUGCUGAGAUUUUUGUGUGCGCAAUUGGGAUGCUUAUCUCGAUUGUGAUAUUGGAGUUUCACGCAAGGGCUGAUCAAAGGAAUUGGAGACCGCCAGAUUGGCUCUGCAAAAUCGUGCUCUUCUCUUGUCGUCGAAUGAAAGUCAAGGCAUUAGCACAGCCGGAUCCAGUUCGAAAACGAACAAUCCCAAUUACAAAAAUUGAUGAUGAAGUGGCUGACAUGUUGAAAGUCUUCACCUUGUUCGAGAUUUCAUGGAAAGAGACGAUGCUGAGCAUGAAUGGAAAUUGUUAUGGG